CGAGCAGAGCAGAGCGGGACUGAGUAAGAGGAGGACAGACGUGUGCAGACCAGAGCACAGCAACUCCACAAAGACAAGACAGGAGAGGAGUUUGCAAGAAGAAAAUAAGAAAAGAAAACAGCAGUGUUUUGUUUUUUCUUUUGUUUUUACAUCAGCAAACUGUAGUGGAUAUCAAACAAAUACACCAGAAGAACAAAAAGAAUUGGAACAACCAGAGGGAUUGGCUUUGCUUCACAGCUAAGAGGAGAACACUAAAGUAGAAUUUUUUUAUUUUAUUUUUAAGAAUUUUGUACCCUUUGUCAUUUUAAAUUAAUCCAAAGGAUAUAAAGCAAGAGAAGGAGGACUCACAGAGAAGUAGGGCUGCAGUGGUGAAUAUGCCGGUUAGAGGUAGCUGUUUUGGGGCAGGCAUGGGCAGGCUGACUGGACAGCCUCUCUGGAUGUUGGUGGUGAUGCUCUUUGCCCUUCUCAUGGGUGAUGCCAGUGCCUGUCCAGCCCUGUGUACCUGCAGCGGCACCACAGUGGACUGCCAUGGACUGGGUCUCAAAUCCAUGCCAAGGAAUAUCCCCCGCAACACUGAAAGACUGGAGCUGAAUGGGAAUAAUCUCACACGCAUCACCAAGAGUGACUUUGCUGGACUCAAGUACCUCAGAGUUCUGCAGCUGAUGGAGAAUCAGAUUACUGUGAUUGAGCGUGGGGCUUUUGAUGACAUGAAGGAGCUGGAAAGACUGCGGCUGAACCGUAAUCAACUGCAGCAGCUUCCUGAGCUGCUCUUUCAGAAGAACCCUGCCCUGUCUCGACUAGAUCUGAGUGAGAACUACAUCCAGUCCAUCCCCAGAAAAGCUUUCAGAGGAGCUACAGACAUCAAGAACCUUCAGCUGGAUAAAAACCACAUCAGCUGCAUUGAGGAUGGAGCUUUCAGAGCUCUGAGAGGCCUGGAAGUGCUAACUCUGAACAACAACAACAUUAGCAGCAUCCCCGUCUCCAGCUUCAACCACAUGCCCAAACUACGAACCUUCCGUCUCCACUCCAACAAUCUCAACUGCGACUGUCAUCUAGCCUGGUUGGCUCAGUGGCUGAGACAGAGGCCAACUAUUGGUCUGUUCACCCAGUGUACAGCCCCGCCUGAGCUCAGAGGGCUGAAUGUGGCCGAGGUACAGAAACACGAAUUCUCCUGCUCAGGUCACCAGGAGUCUUCCAACCUGCAGCCGUGCAGCACAGGAGGAGGUUCAUGCCCUGCCAUGUGCACAUGCAGCAACAAUAUUGUGGACUGCAGAGGGAAGGGUCUCACCGCAAUCCCAGCCAACCUGCCCGACAGCAUGGCUGAGAUACGUCUGGAGCAGAAUGGGAUUAAGUCCGUCCCUCCCGGAGCCUUCUCUCCGUACAAGAAGCUGCGUAGGAUAGACCUGAGCAACAACCAGAUCUCAGAGAUAGCUCCCGAUGCCUUUCAGGGUCUGCGCUCCCUCAACUCCCUUGUGCUGUAUGGAAAUAAGAUCACCGACCUGCCCAAGGGGGUGUUUGACGGCCUGUACGCCCUGCAACUGCUGUUGCUGAAUGCCAAUAAGAUCCACUGCGUUCGUGCCAACGCCUUCCAGGACCUGCAGAAUCUCUCGCUGCUAUCGCUGUACGACAACAAGAUCCAAACCCUCGCCAAGGGCACCUUCACUUCACUAAGAGCAAUACAGACCCUUCACCUGGCCCAGAACCCUUUUAUUUGUGACUGUAAUCUGAAGUGGCUGGCCGACUACCUGCGCUCCAACCCCAUCGAGACCAGCGGCGCUCGCUGUGCCAGCCCUCGCCGUCUCGCAAACAAACGCAUCGGACAGAUCAAGAGCAAGAAAUUCCGCUGCUCCGCCAAAGAGCAGUACUUCAUCCCAGGUACAGAGGACACUCGACUGAACAAUGCCUGUAACAGUGAUCCAGUCUGUCCUCCCAAGUGUCGCUGUGAGUCCAACGUCGUGGACUGCUCCAAUCUGAAGCUGACCAAGAUCCCUGAACACAUCCCAGCAUCCACCACAGAGCUCCGCCUCAACAACAAUGAGAUCACCACUCUGGAGGCGACAGGAGUUUUUAAGAACCUCUCCCAGUUGAAGAAAAUUAACCUUAGCAACAACAAAAUGACAGAGAUCGAGGACGGUGCGUUUGAAGGCGCAUCUUCUGUCAAUGAGCUUCACCUCACAGCCAAUCAGAUCGACUCUGUCCGAAGCGGGAUGUUCCGUGGCCUUGAAGGGCUCCGUAUGCUGAUGCUGAGGAACAACAAGAUCAGCUGCGUCCACAAUGACAGUUUCACGGGGCUGCAUAAUGUCCGUCUGCUGUCUCUGUAUGACAAUCAGCUGACAACCAUCACCCCUGGGGCUUUUGACACCCUGCAGACCCUCUCCACCCUUAACCUCCUGGCUAACUCCUUCAACUGUGACUGCCGUCUGGCCUGGCUUGGUGAUUGGCUGAGGAGCCGGAAAAUCGUGACCGGCAACCCUCGCUGCCAGCGUCCAGCAUUCCUGAAAGAGAUUCCUCUGCAGGAUGUGGCGCUGCCUGACUUCCGCUGUGAGGAGGGCCAAGAGGAGUCAAGCUGUGUGCCUAGACCACAGUGCCCCAGUGAAUGUACUUGUUUGGAGACUGUGGUGCGCUGCAGUAACAAGCACCUCCACACACUGCCCAAAGGCAUCCCCAGAAAUGUGACUGAACUGUAUCUAGAUGGAAACCAAUUCAGUGUUGUGCCAAAGGAGCUGUCUACCUUCAAAUACCUCCAGCUGGUAGACCUUAGCAACAACAAGAUCAACUCUCUGACCAACUCGUCGUUCGCUAACAUGAGCCAGCUCACCACUCUAAUCCUGAGCUACAACUCCCUGCGUUGUAUCCCCAAAAUGGCCUUUAGUGGACUGCACUCCCUCCGACUGCUGUCUCUCCAUGGCAACGAAAUCUCUGAACUUCCGGACGGCAUCUUCAACGAUGUGUCUUCACUUUCCCACUUGGCGAUUGGUGCUAACCCGUUGUACUGUGACUGCCGCCUUCGCUGGCUCUCUGACUGGGUGAAGACCGGCUACAAAGAGCCCGGUAUCGCCCGCUGUGCUGGUCCACAGGGCAUGGACGGAAAACUGCUGCUAACCACACCUGCGAAGAAGUUUGAAUGUAGAGAUGAUGUGGACACUUUAGUUCUGGCCAAGUGUAACCCGUGUCUGUCCAGUCCAUGUAUGAACCAGGGCAUCUGCCACAGUGACCUGGUGGAGAUCUACAGGUGCAGCUGUCCUCCAGGAUUUAAGGGUAAGAACUGUGAGACGGCUCUGAACGCCUGUGUGAGUAACCCAUGUGGCAACGGAGGAACCUGCCAAGUCAGUGAGGAAGAGGAGGGAGUCUACAGUUGUGUGUGUCCGCUGGGCUUCGAGGGCCCCACGUGCCAAAUCAACAUUGACGACUGCGAAGACAACGAUUGUGAAAAUGGGGCAACUUGCAUCGACGGAGUCAACAACUACACUUGUUUUUGUCCCCCCUACUACACCGGGGAGAUGUGUGAGGAAAUGGAGGAUGUGUGUGCCCCUGGAAGAAGCCCCUGCCAACAUCAGUCUACCUGCCUCAUCACAUCCUCCGGGCCCAAGUGUGUGUGCUCUCCUGGUUAUGUUGGCGAUGACUGCAGCGUAGACUAUAACGACUGUCAAGAGCAUCGCUGUCAGAACGGAGCUCAGUGUGUGGAUGAGCUGAACGGAUACGCCUGCGUCUGCCCUGAGGGAUACAGCGGUCAGUUGUGUGAAGUUUCCCCAUCACCGAUGUCUCUGUGUGAGUUGGCGGAUUGCCAGAACAACGCCCCCUGUGUGGAGCGAGGUGGGCGGGCGCUCUGCCAGUGUCCUCCAGAGUUCGGGGGCCCACGCUGUGAAAAGCUUGUCAGCGUUAACUUCAUUGACAGAGACUCGUAUUUACUGCUGUCUGAUCUCAAGAACUGGCCCCAAGCGAACAUCACCCUCCAGGUAUCAACAGAUGAAGAUAAUGGUAUCCUGUUGUAUAAUGGAGACAAUGAUCAUAUCGCUGUGGAGCUCUUCCAGGGUCAUGUCAAAGUCAGCUAUGACCCCGGCAGUCAGCCAGGACACGCCAUCUACAGUACUGAGACUAUCAACGAUGGUCAGUUCCACACAGUGGAGCUGGUGACCUACGACCAGAUGGUGAACCUGUCUAUUGAUGGGGGUCUCCCUACCACAAUGGACAGCUUUGGGGCAGUGCGGCCCCUCAACGGGGAGGCUCCACUAUACGUGGGGGGUAGGGGCCCUCUCCAGAACACACCUCCCUCCUCUGCAGGCAUGCCCGUGGACGUCCAUUCAGGCACUUUCCGCCUCUGGCAGAUCCAGAACGGCUCCAGUUUCCAUGGUUGCAUCCAGAACUUGUACAUCAAUAAUGAGCUGCAGGACUUCACCAAAACCCAAAUGAAACCUGGCGUCGUACCGGGCUGCGAGCCAUGCAAAAAGAUCUACUGCAUACACGGCAUCUGCCAGCCUGACGGCGCCCAGGGACCGGUGUGUCACUGCCAGCCGGGCUGGAGUGGACCGCACUGUGACCAGCCUGCUACCAACCCCUGCCAGGGCAGCAAGUGUGUCCAUGGAAAGUGUAUCCCUCUGGACACUCAGUCGUACCGCUGUGAGUGUGAGGAGGGGUACCGAGGCGCCCUGUGUAAUCAACAGGGGGAGCUGUUCAACCCCUGCCGCCGCCUGUCCUGCAAACACGGCCGCUGUCAGAUCUCAGACACAGGAGACGCCUACUGUCACUGUGAAAGUGGCUACACUGGGGAGCUGUGUGAUGCAGAGUCUGAGUGCCGAGGGGAGCCGGUGCGAGACUUCUACCAGGUGCAGCGUGGUUACGCCAUCUGCCAGACAACACGCAUGGUGUCCUGGGUGGAGUGCACCGGCGCCUGCGACACGGGAGCCUGCUGCGCCAGCCAGCGGAUGAAACGCCGGAAAUACACCUUCGAAUGCAGCGAUGGAACCUCCUUCACCGAGGAGGUGGAAAAGACCAUCAAGUGCGGCUGUGUAGGCUGCAUGUAGCAUCAUUCACUCGCAUCCCCUGCCACUGCUGCUAAGCAGAAGAUAGAAAGAAAGAAAGGAAGGAAGAAAGAGUGAGGACUGGAGGAAAGUGAGGGAGGAAAAGAAAGAAAGAGAGAGAGAUUAUAAAGAAUAUAUAUAAAACCUCUAUCUAUAUAUUAUGGACAACAAUGUUUGUAAAAUAGGACAUUUCCUCCCCUUCUAAGGGUGUGUGACCUACAGUAACACAGAGAAACCAACAUCAUGAGCAACAAUGUAGAAGUGAGAACAACCGCAACAAAACCAUUGUAUCUGCAACAUUGUUUCAAGGGGUCCAGAGAUUUCAAAGGUGUUGCAUUCAGAGUGAGGCAUCCCGCCAACACAGUUUACCCAGUGUGAAUUCCCCAUCCAUCUGUGAGGCCUCUGACAGCCAAACCACCAUCUACCAUCUUUACUUCGUGGAGGCAGUGAGGACAGUGGGAAGAGAGGUAAAGACAGGGAAAAAGAGAGAAACGCGAGGAGACGAAGCGAGCUGGACUGGUUGACUUGGCAAAGCUAUCUUGAGUUGAGCUUGGCGGGGUUACCUGGACUGGGCUGGAUACAGUUUGGGUUUGAGGUACAGUUGUUGAUUUGGAGUAGCAAUUUCUCUGCCACGAUACAGUCAUCCAUCCACAUAUGCACAUGUAGAAGUCAAAGAAAGAGAGGUAGGGUUAGAGCGGCACAUAACGCAGUGCAGAUGUCGAGGCUUCGAGGCCAGGCGGUCUGGUGUCACAGUUGUUUUGCUGUGAGGUACCGUAACAUAGAAACUCCAUGAAAAUAGACUGCACUGAUUAGCAGCACUGAAAACAACAGUCAUACACCUGUCUGAAGUACAUGAUCACACAUGCAUGGCAUACCGUAUAUCCACACACACGGUCUUCGCUUCAGUUUGAGUGAGACGGCUGGUGUGAUAACUAUCUAUUCUGUUCAUACAGCAAACCAGUCUGGCGCUGGCAGUGCCCAGUGGUUGUCAGUCCCCCAGCAUGCAUUGCCUCAGGGUCAGGGUGAUUUGCAUACUCCCACCCCUUUUGAGCAGGAGUUCCGUCCUGCUCCUCUUGAUGCCUGCAGUAUUAUAACUUGUGCAAACUGUUGCAUGUGAGGAGAAGUUUGCCAACAAAUAUGUAGAGCUUCUUAGUAUCAUUAUAAAUAUUAUUACAAAACAAAGGGUUGCAGAAUCAUUUUCUGAUUUUUUUGUUUUGUUAUGUCUAAUUUCUCAUAUUGAUUUGUUUUUAUUUUGUUAUAUUUUGUUCCAUGAUGUAACCUAACUCCUUUAGCCCCUCAACCCUCCCCGACCACCCUUUAUAUAGAAAUGCCUAACAGAUUCUAAUAUAUAUAUAUAUUUGUAUUUCAUUUUGGUAUAGUAUUUUUCUAUGUUAAAGAGUACGUCUGUUUCUGGAAGCUUUGGGACUGGUGGAAUGGCAUUCAGUUUGUUCCCUAGGUGUUUUUAUUUGUUGAUCUCACUUGUUCCAACAAGGUAAUUAAAUACAUUAAUUGGCCAAAAAAAUACAGCAGCUGGUUGGCCUUGUUGUAUAGGUGCAGUAUUGGUCUAGAAAUAUGUUAAAUAUUGUAUAUGUUGUCUUCCAUGUGAAUAUUACAUCUAAUUCAUGAGAGUCUGUGCUUGUUUUGUUCCUUUAUUUAUUUUAUCUAAAGGCGUUUUCAUGUAGAAAGUGAAAGGCGUAAAUGUUCCUGACUUUCGGAUAUUUUCAAAAAUUUCAAAAAGAUGAAAAAAUGUAAAAUAAUCAAUAAAAUAGCAUAAAAAAUCUGUAAGGUAUUUGUAACAUGACUUAAUAGCAAGUUACAACAGUGUUUUUCCUCUUUUUCCGGCUUCAGACAUUCCUCGUUUGCUGCAGGAGCCGGAAAGGUCCGAGUAAAAGACGGGACGUUAAGAGAUUGAAGAGAAUGUCCCGAAAUCAGAUUUACCUUGUAAUUACCAUACCACACUUAAAGGGUCCUGGUUGUUUUUUCAUGUUCAUUAUGUUGAAGUGCUUGGUUGUAUUUCUAUCAUUUUAAUUUGUGAGAUGUUUGCCAUAGAGAGAAAUACUUUUGAGGUGUUUUUAGUUCAACAGAGUUAAAGUAGUCAAGCUCAACUGAUCAUAAGCUGCUGUCAAGCCAGAAGAAAUAGGAUGACGUUGCCUCUGUGGACACUAAUCAUAUUAAGGUAUACCCUCAUCCUAGAUCUGUUUAAAUAGGCAAGUGUGUAAAAGCAUUGUUCGCCUACUACUGACAGAUAAUACAUGGAGAACAAAAAGAAAAAAAAAAAAAAAAAAAAGUCUGGACAUUUUAACGUCUGUCAGUUCUGGCUGGCUGCCCACAUAAAAAAGAAGAAAUGGUGCCAAUUACAUUGAACACAACAGUCAUACCUGAAUGUAUAAAUGUGUAUAGAUAAAUAUGACCUAUGCUUAUUCAUGAAGUGGUAACUUUUAGCUGUUAUUUAGUUUCUAAUGUAAGAUAUAGAAAAUCACAUACUGUUUUUAAGUGACGGUCCAUCGGGAAGGCUUAAAAAGGCGUUGUUUUCCCUGAAGACUGCGAUUGUGUUUAUCCAUUUUGCUGAUCUAAAUGUUGAAAAAGUCUCUUUAUCGUGUGAAAGGCUGCAGAUCCCAGAUCUGGGCUCAGUACAAUGCCACAUCACAGAGCUCCUGUUCAUAUUGCUACCCAUGUUAACUUUGUUUUCCAUGCUGUUGAUGUGAUCCAGUGGUGUACAAUAACAUUAAAAAGAAGAUCUCAUCAAAGGAUACUGAUGAACAGUCACUGUAAUUCUUAGGCUGUGUGCCUCGUAAAGGUGCAUAUUUAGUCGAAUGUGGCUUUCUUUUCAUGUCUCCUUUCCUUCUUUUUGCACUGAUCUGUACUGGACAGGUGCAUUCAACUUCCUGGUAGACAUCUUAGUGGUGCUUGUGCUAUAUUGAGAUGUAAUUCAGUUAUCUGGUCCGACGGCCAGAGACACAGAUUUUCCAUCCUAUGAACUCUAUAUACAUAAAUAUGUUAUUGUGAACAAACACAAUGUCUCUGUUGUAUUGAACUGGUGCAAAAACAAAGAAAUACUCCUGUUUGGAUUUUUGUCUGUUGACUUUUUUUGUUACAGGAUUGAUGGUGGGAUUGAACUGAAAAACUCCCAAUAAUGCUGAAUGUAUGUAGUGCCACCGACAAAAUGUUUACCAAACCUCCACUCUUUUCAUUAAUUAAACUUAAUUGUGUGUGCUUUUAA